ACGGGUCCGGAAACAUUUCCGAGAAUAGCAGUUGAUGAGUCGCUCAACCAUCACCCGAGCCAAAGACUGGAAUUUGAAGCAAAACUGUUGUUUCUCCGGCGAGGAUCAUGGUGGAGAGGAGAAAGCCUUUAAUACUUUCCACCACCAAAGCACAUCUCUCCUCCAUUCUCAAUGAUAAACCAUAUAACCUUACAAAAUCAACUCAACCCCAGUCUUCCUCUUUCCCAAUCAAUGCCAGCAUACACUUGCGAGCUGGAAUUCUCCGAUUUCCCAAGGACCCGAAUGUCAUUCCAUCCCCGAAGUCAGUGGCAUCUCUCGACCAUUCUUCGAUGGUCGGACUUUCCACUUCUUCUCUCAAAAAACUCUCCAUCACUUCCGGCUCUCUGGUAUUUGUCAAGAAUGUAGACACUAGUGGACAAAGAAUUGGACAAGUGGUCGCUCUUGAUCCCCCCCAUACUGAUCAGACAUUACCCAACUGCAUAACACUUCCCUCACAAUCUCCUCGGGCUAUUACUGUCUUGCCAUCACAUAGCUAUGGGGAUGUUUGCUUGCCCGAGACAGAUCAGGAAACUGCUUAUUUAUCUCCGAUUCUGGCGUUUAACCUUAGUUUGCAUGUAUCAUGUUUGAAAUCGUCUAUUGCCCAAACUAAGGAGACAUUUUCUCCUUUAUUUGACAUCAAUGUGGUUGAAAGUAGAAAAGAUAGUGCUCUCAUUAGUGUAGAAGUUAAACCAUUGCAUAAGUUACCAAUGUAUGCCACUCAUAUUAGGGUAGCGUUCGUUAAGAUACCUGAAUGUGGUGUGCUCGAGUCUGUUAGAAGAACUUCUGUUGUUCAAGCUGAAGAUCGGCAAGAGUUGAUUGAUUUGGCAUUGAAUCAAUACUUCAAUGUAGAUAGAUUUCUUGCAAGAAGUGACCUUUUCAGUGUUACCAUAAAUUGGAAUUGCAGAUCAACUUUGUGUGUUGCUUGCACCCAGAAACUGCAAAAUGGCGGUUCUGACAUCAUAUACUUCAAGGUUGUGGACAUGCAACCAUCAGAGGAACCGGUUCUGAGAGUCAACCGUUCUAAAACUGCACUGGUGCUUGGAGGGAAUGCUCCCUCUGCUAUCCCCCCAUAUUUUUUAAUUCCUGGUCCACAAUGUGUCUUGCCUGUGCAACUGAACACUGUGAAGACUCUGGCCUCCAUUCUUAUGCCCGCAUUAUGUCCAUCACCACUUUCCUCAAAAUUCAGGGUUGCAGUCCUUAUAUCUGGCUUGCCUGGCAUCGGUAAAACUACGAUAGUUAAAUUUGUAGCUCGUCAGUUAGGCCUGCAUUUGGUAGAAUAUAAUUGUCACGAUCUGUUUGUGUCCUCUGAAAGAAAGGCAUCUUCUCUGCUUGCUGAAGCUUUUAAUGUAGCUCACAGUUACUCUCCGACAAUUCUUCUUUUACGUCAUUUUGAUGCCCUUCGUGAUCUGGGUUCUCAACAAGAGGGAUCACCACAUGAGCAAAGUGGCUCCAAAUUAGACAUUGCAUCUAUCAUAAAGGAAUAUACCGAGCCUGGGGAUGAAGAUCUUCACUUUGAAAUAAACUCAAACCUUGGUGAUGGUGGGCAACAAGGAGAGGUGGGCCAUAGAACCAGUGGGCACCGAGUUCUGUUUAUUGCUGCUGCUGAUAGUGCUGAAGGGCUUCCACCAACUAUUAGACGAUGUUUUAGCCAUGAAGUUAGUAUGGGGCCUUUGACCGAGGAGCAAAGGAAAGAGAUGGUGUCCAAGUAUCUUGAACGCCGAACUGCAGGGGCCCCAAAUGCACAUGACACUUCUACAGAGAACUUGAUAAAAGAUAUUGUUGGGCAGACAUCUGGUUUUAUGCCAAGGGAUUUGCGUGCUUUAAUUGCUGAUGCUAGUGCAAAUAUGAUCUCCACCCUAAACAUUAAUCAUGAAAAAAGUGAGACUGAAGUUCUGAACAAAGACAUUUCCCUGGAGAUCAAUUCAUUUGACAGUGAUGAUAUGGUGAGUCCAUCUCAAGUCUUAAGCAAAGAAGAUUUAAUGAAAUCAAUGGAACGAUCAAAGAAAAGGAAUGCAUCUGCUUUGGGCACUCCAAAGGUUCCUGAUGUGAAAUGGGAGGAUGUUGGUGGGCUUGAGGAUGUGAAAAAAUCUAUUAUGGACACUGUGCAGCUACCUCUACUACAUAAAGACUUGUUUUCAUCUGGAUUACGCAAGCGAUCUGGGGUUCUUCUUUAUGGUCCUCCCGGUACAGGGAAAACUUUACUGGCAAAAGCGGUUGCUACUGAAUGCUCCCUGAAUUUUCUGAGCGUAAAAGGACCCGAAUUAAUUAAUAUGUACAUAGGGGAGUCAGAGAAAAAUGUUCGUGACAUUUUUCAGAAGGCCAGGUCUGCUCGCCCGUGUGUCAUAUUCUUUGAUGAACUUGACUCUCUUGCCCCUGCUAGGGGUGCUUCUGGCGAUUCUGGAGGAGUAAUGGAUCGUGUGGUUUCUCAGAUGCUUGCUGAGAUUGAUGGCCUCAAUGACUCUACUCAGGACUUGUUCAUUAUAGGAGCCAGUAACAGGCCUGAUCUUAUUGAUACUGCUCUUUUGAGACCAGGUCGGUUUGAUAAGCUCUUAUAUGUGGGAGUUAACUCUGAAGCAUCUUACAGGGAGAGGGUUCUUAAAGCAUUGACUCGUAAAUUUAAGAUCCAUGAAGAUGUUUCUCUACUCUCAAUAGCAAAGAAAUGCCCUCCCAACUUUACAGGAGCUGACAUGUAUGCACUUUGUGCUGAUGCUUGGUUUCGUGCUGCAAAGCGCAAGGCGUUAGCUACUGGUCCUGAUGAUUCUACCGGCUCAAGCAACACACAAGACACGAUAGUAGUCGAGCAUGAUGAUUUUUUAAAGGUCUUAGAAGAUCUGUCUCCUUCCUUGUCGAUGGCUGAGCUUAAGAAAUAUGAUGCGUUGCGGGAACAGUUUGAAGGAGGCUCGGGCCGCUCGGCAUCAUCAUCAAGGUAAAGAUUGCUUUCACCAUAGGAAGUGGAAACCGUUAAAGAGCUAAGGAGCAUCGUAUACAAAAGACAUCAUACAUGGUCUAAAAGAAAAAGGACCAUUUUGUAGAUUUCGGACUAUAAAUUAUUCUCUUUUGCAAUAAAAAGUAUAGCAUUUUUGUGUACAUAAAGGAAAUAUUAUAAGCUUGCGCUAAUAUAGUCUCAUCCCAAUCAUGUUGAUUAAAUGCUAUAAAUAGGUGUGUGCAAGAAAAAGGACCAUUUUGUAGAUUAUAAUGUGUAACGUUUUGGUGUUGUAUUGACCAUAAAGUAUUCUGGUCCAUUCACUAUUAAGAAGUGAACUGGAAAAACAGCUGUUUCAUGUUCAAUGAGCUUUUACAGUUCACGAGUU